UCAAUCUCCUCAGUUUGUUAUUGUUCAGAAAAAUAUAUUUUGAAAUUUUUAUUUAUUUAUUAAAUCACCUUUUAUCUUUUAUCACGCGAUAAGUUUAUGUCUUAAACUUAAAAAUGUCAACUUGCAAUACUUGUGCCAGAUCAUUCGGAUUUUUUAAUAGGGAACAGGGAUGUCCUCGAUGUAAAAAAAUCUUUUGUAAAAAAUGUUUGAAUCAUAAAAUCCCUGAAAGUGCAGAAAAUCUUAGGAAAAUGAUUUAUGUAUGUUUGCGUUGUUCGAGAAUUCCACUUAACGACAAUUCAAAACCUAAGAAGGGAAAACAGGAAGAAAUUGAAGACAUAUUAAAACUCAGUCCAAAAGAAAAAGCUUUUGAACCUGUUUUGGAGCCUACUUUACCAUCGACAAGUGAAACUGAUGAUAUUCGCAGUCGAUUAGAUGCAUUGAAAAAAAGUGACAUUCCUGAAGAUGAAAUUAAAAAUCAAAAUGACGAUGAUAUUCAAAAGCGUUUAGCUAAUCUGAAGGGUGUGGAAUAUAAAGAUUAUUCAGCUUCGAACAAAGUUCUCUUCUCGCCAGAUACGAGAUCAGAACAGGAAAAAAUUGAUGAUUUAUUGAAACAGUUUGUUGAGGAGAAAAAUAUUGAUGAAAUUGUCCAACCCGAGUCAAAUAAAUCAGAAGGUACAAUAGAUGACAUUGAAAGAAGAUUAGCUGCUUUGCGUGGUCAAGAUUUGGAGAAAACCAAGCAGCAAAUUGAAGGAUUCGUUGAAACUGAAGAAGAGGAAACCGAAAAAACAAUGAAACAAUAUAUCGAAGAAGCGAAACUAGAAGAUAUCAUUUUAGAUCCAGACGAAGAAGAACUAAUUUCAGGCAUUCCACCUCCACCAGAUGGAAGAAAGUUGGACGAAUUGCCAUUCUGUGAGAUCUGUAAUGAAGAUGCAUCAUUAAGAUGUCUUGAAUGUGAAAAUCUCUUCUGUGUAAGCUGUUUCAAAGAGUUUCAUGAUGAAGAAGAUUAUAAAACUCACAAAACAAAGCCUUAUCAAGCACCAAAAAAUAAUGAUAUACUGUAA